AUGGCGGCCGCUCGUCCCCUUUCAGAGUCAGAGGAUUGUGCAAAACUGCUGGUGCUGGUUAAUAGCACCAAUGUCAGGAUUUUGAUCUGUUAUCAUGUAGACAAAUAUGUAAAGGAAACAAUGCGGAGUGAAGAGAAAAUUGUUAACGCUAGAGUGUAUAAGAGGUAUGCCGAUGCAAGACACAAGCUCAAGCUAAGCAGGUUGGAACAAAUGAUUUCUACAUCAAAAACUUCAGAUGAUGACUUCCAAUGCGCCUUUGUCUUGUUCACAAUUGGUGUCAUUCUAGCACCAACUACACAGACCCAUGUCCAUUGGAGUUAUAUACAAGUUAUUCGAGAAGUAUCAGUGAUUCCAAAAUUGAAUUGGGGCCAAUUCACUCUGACCCAUAUAUUAGACUCGUGCCAUAAUUACAAAACAUGUACACAAGCCACCCUACUAGGCAAUUUGGCUUUGCUACAGUUUUGGUACUGGGAGCACAUCAUUGCGGCCAGCAAAUAUGGGGUCAAGUACGACAAGUCAAUCCAACCACCACUGAUUGUGUUCUGGAAUGAAACCAAUGCUAUUGCUCACCGAAUGGUUUUCUAA